AUGGACGUCGGUCUGAACAUCAUCGUACUGAUUGUUCUCUAUUCGACACUAGCUGUCACUGGUCUACUGGGCAAUAUCUGGGUACUGAUAACUGUCUCAUCACAACUGCUCGGUUGUUGCAGUUCAUCAACUCAACGAGGACGUGUUGUCAAACCGAACACCCAGUCAUCAGCCUACAUCUAUCUCCUACUUCUGUCCGUAGUAGAUCUGGUGUCCCUGAUUCCUGUGCCGAUGCUGGUAGCAGAUCUACAGGAGAACGAGUUCAUUUUCGGAAUCGCGCUAUGCAAACUGUUGUGGUUCAGUGAAGGCACCAACAAGACGCUGUCGCCGAUGAUCCUGACGGCUUUGUCGAUCGACCGUUACAUAGCCGUCUGUAAGCCGGCCUUAAUCUGGAUGCGACAGACGAAAUUCGCCAUAUUCGUUGUUUCUGUGUGUAUCAUGGCCUCAUUGCUGUUCAUCACUCCGAUCACAGCACAUGCGAAAAUUGCUGACAUGGAAGAUUUCAACGGUAUGGUGUACCGAAAGUGCACGUUAGACGAGAAUCUCUGGUUCGAUCUCGUCCAUACGCUCACUUGCUAUGUGGUACCAUUGGUGCUGAUAUUCUCUGUGUAUAUUGUGAUAUUGGCGAAACUAUUCCGCCAUACUCGUUACUCGACUGUUGGCCGUAAGACGAGCAUCUCCCUCUCACGAGUAGUGAAGUGCUCGGUGAUGGUGGUCGCCUUCUACUUCAUCUGUUGGACACCCUACUGGACCAUGCGGAUUCAAGCGUUGGCCCAUGAAGCCGAAAAGAACGUGGGCGUCGCAUACGAGAACGAGACGAUGAGCGGCGAUGAAUUCGAGGAAAUAAUAGGUGAUGAAACGUCGACACCGGUGAACGGCAUCUUCAUCAUGUAUCUGAUGCAUUCACUACCGUAUGCUCAGAGCGCCUUUAACUGGUUAUUCUACGCGUUCCUGAAUCGUAACCUACGUAAUUCGUCUGGACGUUAUAAUAACGGUGUACGAUCGGUACCGAUGACCAGCACGAUCAUCGAGAACGCACCGAGUUCGGCUAGUGGUUUGACGCCGUUGUGGAAGAAUCUGCAACAUGUUGGUAGUCAACUGAAGUCUGCCAGUAUCGAUACUGGUAACGCUCUGUUGAAGAUGUCGCCGUUCCGUACCCGAUCACGGAUUCAGUCGAGAAGUUCGACAUGCUUGGAUUCGACAUAUCUGGAUCGCUUGGUGCCGCCGUCAUCGCUGAUGACGUCGUCAUUGUUGGAUCUUCAACGACGACCGUCAACGCUGAUUCCGCGUCAGGAGCCAUCGUUGGUCGGCAAGGCGUUGUCGUUCUCCGAUCUACCGCAUUCUCAUCUGAUCGAGAAACCUAGUGAACCGACGCCGUCGGCAGCAUCGGAGAGUUCGUCAACGUCACAGGAUCCACGGUGUAAGGAUGUGACGGUAAUAGCCUUCAUCAUAUAUCCAGCCGCGGCUAACUCCUUCAAUGUGGACUCGCUUCGUGGGCAAGCCGUCUGCAAGCAGCUGAAGGAUACCAUAGCGAAAAUCAAAGAGAAUGUGGCAAAUCGCAUGUUCGAGGAGUCAGUCCGCGGUAAAGUGCCGGAUCCGGAAGAUUUACUGCUGCCCGCGGAAAAAGUUCAACUAAAACGCUGUAUUCUGGCGGCGAAGCGUGACUCAUUGCCACCGAUUUGCACACAUAACAUGCUGGACAGCGCGAACGAUCCAGUACUGCAAGCAUUGCGACGUGUACAGCUGUUCAAUCAUGAUCAUGAUCGAGUGAAGGUUGUUUUCCAUCCGGAGUUCCUCUCAUCUGUCUCGCCACUGAUCGGCUUGGACUAUGAGGAUUUCGUCCGUGGAUGCCAUCUAGGAGUCUUCCCAAGUUACUACGAGCCAUGGGGUUAUACGCCAGCUGAAUGUACAGUAAUGGGAGUGCCAUCAGUGACGACUAAUUUGAGUGGUUUUGGCUGUUUCAUCAAUGAGCAUGUGGCCGAUGCGAAGAGUUACGGUAUACAGGUGGUCGAUCGUCGUUUCAAGGGAGCUGAUGAGUCGAUCAACGAGCUCACUGAGGGCCUCUACGAGUUUACGUGUUUGUCGCGUCGUCAACGUAUAAUUGUCCGUAAUCGCACAGAGCGUUUAAGUGAAUUAUUGGAUUGGAAGACGCUUUCAAUGUUCUACCGGGACGCGAGAAGGAUGGCUCUGAAGAAAAGACAUCCGGAUCUUGAAAUGCGUUUAUCGGAUGCAAUGACGAUGGUUCCACGUCCGAUAUCAGCGCCAGGAACGCCGUCGGUCUCCGGCCCCACCACACCUCAUGAAUCGGACUCAGAAGAAGAUAGCGAACAAGAUGAGUACGAAGCACAGCAGUGGAAUGAGAAAUAG